AGCAAAAGCUUUCAUCUGCGUACGUAGUUCAUUAAUCAACUCCAUCGGCCAUACGGCGAGGCCACUGCACUGCACGGCCGGGCUGGGUUGUUAAGCUGGACCAGUAGAGUGCUGUUGCUGUUUGCUGUAGUCUGUAGGUGGUAGCUACUGGCUGCUGCUACUGCUCGUUGCCGGGGUCCCUCGUGUCAACCGAACCACCCACCACGGCGCCACCACCAACCAUGGCCUCGCCUCGCCGUCCCAUCCACCAACCCCACCUUUAAUACCCUUUCUCCGCACAGCUCCCGCGCCCAUUGCCCAUUGCUCCUCCCCCGCGCCCAAUUCACCGAGCAGCUAGCCGGCCGGCCGAACGGCAGCCAUGAUGAAGGCGCAGCAGCAGGGUCGAUCCCGGCAGGAGCCCCGGCGGAUGGGCAACUCCGCCAUGGUCAUCACCAUGCUGCUCUCCCUCUGCGUCCUCACCUUCAUCAAGGCCCGCUACUGCUCCACCCCUUUCCCCAAGGCGGCGCCGGUGCUGGAGGUGGAGGUCGACGAGGACUACGACGGCAGCCGGUACAGGAUCGACGGCCCCAUCGGGGAAGAAGACUUCGACCCUCACCGCCCGACAUGCUACAACACCAGCAAGCGCUCCGAGCGCUGCGCCGCCGUGGGCGACAUCCGCUUCGACGGCAACCACUCCAAGAUCUACAUCAACCCGCUCGACAAGGAGUGGCGCACCAAGCCCUACGCCCGCCGCCACGACGCCGUCGCCAUGGACGACGUCCGCGAGUUCACUCUCCUCCCCUUCGACACCGAAUCCUCCAACACCACAGUCGUCCCGCCGCUCUGCACACGGAACCACAGCGUCCCGGCAUUCCUCUUCUCCAGCGGCGGGUUCGCCGGGAACCUCUACCACGACUACACCGACGUGCUCGUGCCCCUCUUCACAAGCACCCACCAUUUCCGGGGCGAGGUCCAGUUCCUGCUCACGGACAUCAAGGACUGGUGGCUCGACAAGUUCACCCCGCUCUUCCGCCAGCUCUCCAACUACGACGUCAUCGACGCCGACAACGACCAACAAGUCCACUGCUUCCGUAGAAUCAUCAUCGGCGCCACCUUCCACCGCGCCAUGGGGAUCGACCCCAAACGCUCCCCGGGCGGCGAGACCGUCGCCGACUUCAAGCGCCUGCUACGCCACGCCUUCCACCUGACACGCCCCGUGGCGUCCCGGGACAACCCCAGGCUGCUCAUCAUCUCCCGCAAGUCCUCCCGCCGCUUCCUCAACGAACGCGCCAUGGCGCACGCGGCGGCGCUGGCCAAGUUCGACGUUCGGAUCGCCGAGCCGGACAACCACACCGACAUGCCCAACUUCGCCCGGCUCGUGAACUCGGCCGACAUCAUGAUGGGCGUGCACGGGGCAGGGCUGACCAACAUGGUGUUCUUGCCCAGCCGGGCCGUGCUGCUGCAGGUGGUGCCGUUUGGAGGGUUGGAAUGGCUGUCCAGGGUGACGUUCAAGGACCCGGCCAAGGACAUGGACGUGAACUACAUGGAGUACAACGUGUCCCUGGAGGAGAGCUCGCUGAGGAACCUGUAUCCGGAGGGACAUUUCUACCUGAAGCAUCCCUAUGAUGUGCACAAGAAGGGCUGGGACGCCAUCAAGACUGUGUACCUUGACAAGCAGAGCGUCAGGCUUAAUCUCACCAAGUUCGUCCAGACGCUGGAGCUGGCGCGCAGUCGCUUGCCUGCCUGACACUGACCCAACGGCACGGGCUUGUGCUUUAGAUUAGGCUCCUGUGUGUUGAUUCUCUUUUUGUUUUGUUCUUGUGCCAAGAUUCAUUGUUUCUAUUUCAUUUUUCUUCUUCUUUUUUUGGUAAAGGAGGAGACGAGCAAGUUCGUGUCGUGCAUAGGCAACAACUGUCCAGAGGUUAAUUUACACACACACUCUGUAAAUCGAUUGAUCAGUGAAAAGAGAUGAAAAGAGGCAGUAAUUAUUUGUCCACA